CUCCUCUUCGAAAACGACAACAAAGAGGAUAAAAAAGAAGGAAUUCUACAACCAUCGAACAAGGCGCUGUGGUUGCACUGUUUGCUUCUCGCGUUACACAGCCGCAUCUCUCUACCAAUAGGGAUCUCUAGCCUUCAAAGAUAAUGCAAGAAAGCGAAAGCGAUGCGCUCAACAACAUAAAAGCAAGGGGUCGCCUGCCUCAUGUGGUGCCAACAAACCUACAAAAACGCCCACAUUUUAGUCUCCCGACUAAUUGAAGCCUUUCUUCCGCAAUCAUCAAACUCAAUCUUGCUUCAGCGCGAACGAUAAUUGAUUCAAAGGCCAGCGAGAGCGAAAAUUCACGAGAUGUUCUCGUCGAGCAGUUAUGAUCGAUUUGGCGGUCGCGGCCGUGGUCGUGGUCGUGGUGGUUACAGCGGACAAGGCUGGCGUUCAGCAGCUCCUGGAACUCCAAGAAGUCCAUCACCGCCAAUCGGCCCAGUCUUGACUACCAUCCGUUACAACGAGCUGGAGGCCGAUCAAGUCUCAUCCAGCGAGGCCACAAUCACAGGUCUAGAAGAUGUCGCAUCGUACAACUGGCUCAAAGCAAAUGAGCCAACGAUCAUGACUCCUGGCAAGCCUCCAAAGUGGACGCCCACAGCCAGGCCGACUAAGCUCUCAGAAGACAAUCCCAACGGCACUUACUAUCGAGACCAAAACGCUGCGUACUUCCCAUCGUAUCCUAUGGAGCCAGUCGUUCGCUCUAUCUUCGAAGCACGCCCUGAUUUCAAUACCCAGGAAGUCGACGUCUUCGGUUGCGGAAGUACUUUUGGAAACUUGCUCAGGUUUGCGCGCAACGUCGAAACCGAGAAGCCAUUUCGAUUUCUAGUUGAGGUGGUGGGUGAGACAGUCUUUUUGAUCCGAAGAGAGAACUCGCCAAAGGAAGUGAUUGCAGACAUUCGUGGUUAUGGGCAUACUUUCCCUGAAGGGAACACUACCUGGGAUGCCGACCUCCAGAGUUCUGAUACUCAUCAACGCAUCAUCCGCUACCAGCUUGGUCAUCUCAACACAAUCAUCCGAUUUGAAGCGGACGGCUAUCUUGCAGAGAAAGUUCCAGCGCAGAAGACGUAUGCUAGCCCGGCAAAUCGGGAGGUAAAGGAAGACUUUCUCACGUCAGCCCUUGCAGCAAACACCAUUAGUGGGCACACGCCCAAGGACUCGGACAGCCUAAGGGUCACUCGAGGUCAAGGAUCUGUACCCCAGUCUACAGUUUUCGAUCUGAAAACACGCUCAAUCAAAAAGAAGCACCAUGACACCACGAUAUCCGACCAAAUUCCCCGCCUUUGGAUCCGCCAGAUUUCAUUCUUCGUUCUCGCAUACCACGACCAUGGCCUCUUUAGAUCAGAAGAAGUCACGGUCCGCAACAUCAAACCAGAUGUCGCAAGGUGGGAGAGCGACAACAAGGGAGACGUGCGUAAAUUGAUCAAUCUUAUCAAAAAAAUUGCGAACGUCGUUAAGGCUACGCCGGGACGAAAGCUGGAAGUCCGGUAUCUAUAUGGGCUUGGAUUGGAACUAAGGGAGCAAGCCGAUGGAGUGGCCUCUGUCUUGCCCAAUGAUCUUUCUGCACAGUGGGCUGAUCAAGGCAGUCGGACUGAAUCUAGUGGUGUAGUUCUCAGAAAAUGCUCCGCUGAUGGAGCCGUAGGUCCUGAGCACGAUUCUGUUGAGAAAGGGGUGGCUCUUGAUAAAAAGAUUACUGAUGCUUUGGAUGAUGACGAAUAUGAUUGGGAUAAGAAGGAGGAUUAUACGGCAUGUUCGAUGGAGAGUUGUUAUUACUGUGGUCAUUGUUCGUACUGAGAGUUCGAAGGGAUGGGGUUCCUGUAUAUCAGAAACAGUUGCUUGAUGAACAGAUGCUCAGUGAAUAGUUCCUCAAUAGUAGAGGAUCUGGUUUCAUGUCUCCUUAGAAGCCCAAAAGGAAAGAUGAAAAAACUUUUGCCGCGUUGGGCGGAAUGCAAC